GUGAUAACUAAGGAGUCCCUAAACACUGCUAGUGUCUAGUGAGCUGCUAGUCAUGAUUCACUAAUUAGAACUGUAGGAAACUGAUACCAUAUAAAUCUAUUCGUAAUAUACUUAGCCAUAGAAAAUUGUUAGUAUUAGUGAAGUCUCACACAGUUAAAGAACGGGCAACGUGUCUAUAUUGAAUUACAGGACCAGCAAAAUCCACUGAUUUGGCUAGAUUUCUAGUUUCUCAUGGCCCUAAAGCUGAAACGAAGGCGAGAAUUAAGCACACUGAGGACUGAGGAGAGCAGAGCACGCUGGAGAUUGGCCGUUAUCACUGUGUGCUGUGUGCUAGUCAUACUAGCAACCUUAAUAGUGGGGUUGUACUUUACCAUUAAGAUGGUGAAUACCAAGUUUUUCUUCUGCUCUGGCUCACUGAAGUUCAUUUCAAUAGAAAAGGUAUGUGAUAGAAAGGCUGACUGUGCAGGCCGUGAGGACGAAAUCUCAUGUGUAUCCAAACUGCAGACCAAUGACACACAUCCAGUGAGGCUGAUGGGGGAGAGACUGGUCCUGCAGGUGUUUGUUAAUAAGGAUGGAUGGAGAACAGUGUGUGCUGAUAACUGGAGGACGAAGCACACGAGGUUAACCUGUGAACAACUGGGCUAUACAGCGAGUCCACGAAGUACACGAGUCCCGGUGAAGAGUCUACUUUUCAACUCUCACAAUGCAUUUGCUACAGUCAGCAAUGACUCCACACACUCUGACAUCCAGAGUUUACUCUCAGUUGGUGACAAAUGUCUCUCUGGCUCAGUGGUGUCUGUGUCCUGCUCCGACUGUGGAGAGGUGGUGGGAGAGGACCGUAUUGUUGGUGGGGUGGACACAGAAAUCGAACACUGGCCGUGGCAGGUUAGUCUUCAGUGGAACCACCAGCAUGUUUGUGGAGGAGCAUUACUGUCCAGGCGCUGGAUCAUAUCAGCUGCUCACUGUUUUACAGGCCAGACACGGGAGCUGAGACGAUGGACCGUGGUGUUGGGUCAGACCCAAGUGGCUGCAUCCAGGGGUGUUGGCAGCAUAGAGAUGAUUGUUGUCCACAGUUACUACAGCCGCUUGAGUAAUGACUAUGAUAUCGCCAUGCUAAAACUCACCUGGCCUGUCACUGUUGGGGAAUCGAUCUUGCCAGUUUGUUUACCCCCACACCAGCUGUCUGUGAAGGAGAUGCUUGUGGUGACUGGAUGGGGAUUGUUAAAGGAGAAAGGUGAGCUGCCCUCUGUGCUGCAGAAAGCUUCAGUGCCACUGAUUGACAGGUCAGAGUGUUCCAAGCCCUCUGUUUAUGGUUCUGCCAUAACUCCCAGAAUGCUUUGUGCUGGAUUCUUCGACGGAAACAUAGAUGCGUGUCAGGGGGACAGUGGGGGUCCACUGGUGUACCUGUCAUCUCGUUGGCAGUUAAUGGGUAUAGUGAGUUGGGGAGUGGGCUGUGCACGGGAUGGAAAACCUGGCGUUUACACGGAUGUUAGUCAACUUCUCAACUGGAUCUACACUGUAAUGAAGAGACGUCCAUGAGAAGGUGAACCAUGGACACAUCACUUCAUGCUUUUGUGACACAAGAGGAAAGACAACAAAUCACCUCAGUGUUACUACAGAAAUCUACGUUCUUGAAUCUGGAUAUUGAUACAUUUUAUAAUUAAUUUGAUUAAUUUAACACGAAUAUUAUAUCAAAACAUCAUGCUUUUUUUAGUCUCACUAGUCGCAUUAUGGCAGUUUUCCAGUCAAUACUGUAUGCUCAUUGUAAAGCUAAAGUACUCCAAGUGUUUUAAUUUUUUUUCUAACCAAAUGCAUUUAGAAAGCUAAAUAAAUAAAUUAAAACAAAGCUCUUACUUGAUUCAUUUACCAGUCCAGCACACAUCACAACCUUUAUUUUAUCCAAAACAUUUUAUUUUAGUUGCUGCUUAUAAUAAAGAAAUCUAAUAUGCAUGACUGUGCAAUCCAAUGGGGAAUAACAGGCCUGCACACUGGCUUAAGGAAACAAUGGAAUUCUGGAUUGUGGGCUGAGUGGACCAUCUAUGAUACAGCAUGUUUUACAGGGACUGAUGUCAAACAAUGUCUACUGUCUGUAGAUCUGGAUUGAAGUAAAUUCCAAGUUAGUCAUUUUCCAAACCAUAACUCCUCCAAGGCAUUGUUCCUUCUGACUCUGUGGGCUUGAGUCCUUGAGGCCUCUAUUCUCCUUGGUUUUACAUUUGUCUCAACAGUCUGGUGUAGCUCAGUGUUCGUAAAGCAUCUGAACGUAUCUGAUCCAGCUUCUUUUUUUAUUUUAUUUUUUUAAACAUAGCUGCAGUGGUACUCUGAUGCUUUAACACUGUACAAUUUGCAUGCAAAUUACUGUAAAAACAACAUUUAUAGAAGUUGUACAUUUUACAGAAGUUGCACAUCGAAUUUUAUUCAAAAGCAACAAGUUUGGGUGUAUCAAUUUAAGAUACGUUACCAUCCGUCUGAGUGAUUUAAAGGAUAAACAGAGUAACUGAAUGAAUUCAAACCAGCAAUCCACAUUUUAAUUGGUUUCUCCCACAUUCUCUAUUACUGCUUUUGUAUCUGGCAUUUCCUCCAUUCUAGUUUUCCACAGGUGAGCUGCCCUCAACACUGCAGAAAGCUUCACAUAAGUGUGAACAGACACACACCACCAUCAAGAUAAUUGUUUUUGGCCAUAGGUGUUUGUGAGGUGUCAGACAGAAAUUUACUUCAAAUUCCAAUACCACAACAUGAGAUAUAUUUACAGAGAAAUACAGCUUUUUAGGAAAAACUUUCAAUUCAAAUAAUGGUGAAAACUUCCCCUUUGAACUGUCAUAUUAGUCUGUGGUUUGGUUGAAAAAUUAGGCCAUGGCUACCGCCAAGCCUGACAAAUAAUAAUCCAACCAAAACUGGUGCGGUAUGUUGUUAAUAGUGCAUUAAUAAAACGAAGACAGCAAAGAUAAUAUUAAUUAGAAGACCAAAGAUCCUGAAGCCAAAUUACAAG